GUGACGUCAUGACAUAUUUUGCUUUCGCGGGGAUGUCAAAACAUUUCAGUUGUCAUCAUUUGGUGAAUGGACAGUUCACGUAUUAUCAUGGCUGUGUCAGUGGAAAUAUUUAUGAUGGACAUGUGAGAAAAUAGGACAUAUGGGUGCCUUUGAUUGAUUUUAAUGGUAAACAAGGGCUUUUAGUGGAUUUACCGUCAUCGUGCACCUGCCUGUUCGCCGGUUUUGCAUAUUGUUAGACUCGAGAGGAUGUUACACAAGGAGGGCAAGCCGUCAACAAAAUCCCAGGAAGACAGAAUUGUGUGACACCAGUCAAAAUGUCCCAUGGUACUGGCGCCCUUGCCAGCUCCUUCCUAGAGGUCUUCAAGUGUGAAUCCCUGGCGAGAGAGUUCUCCUUGUGGGAGCAGGUGUAUCGGAGUCUGACUCGUCCGAGAGAAGGAACGGAGAAUGUCUCGGUGACCAAUCACAGGACUGAAGCAGUUGAUGCCGUUCAUUCCGAACUUCAUCUUCUCGAUCUUACACAGUCAGAAAUUGACAAUUUUGUGAUAUAUACAUUUGUGCGGAGGUAUGGAUGGUCGGAGGGGGUCAGGUUGAGCCUGACUGACUCGGGGCUAGUGGUCGAAACGGGUGUGCCUGAGGUGAAGUCCGUCACCAAGCGUGAUAAACAACAGUUGGAUAAACAGCUGGAUGCAAUCAUCCAAUGGCUGUCCGAGCAGCAUGUGUGUGCACAGUUACUGAGGAGUUUCCUGAAACUAGUGAAUGAAGCGUCAUCCCUGCCGAUAGUGAGGAACAGAUCAGUGGUCCACACUCUCGCCUGGUUACAGGGGGCAGGGGAACAGCUGAACGGAGCACACGUUCUCCCACUGGUGACAGAAUUUGUUUUAGCAGCACUAACAGACGUCUGGUCAGCUAUACGUAAAGUCAGCUGCAAGGGCCUGGGAGAUAUCAUAGACUGCCUGUCAGAUGUGCAUCAAGAGACGGUGUGGAACAGCCUCGUCAGAGUCUGUGAUGAUGAACACACACCCUGGCAGGCAGUAGAUGGUGCCAUGCUAGGCAUCAGUGCAAUAGUACAACAUCUACACACAUACGGAGGUACAGCUACAUCGAAUCAGAAGCUGACCUCUACAAUACCAGGUUUCGUCCAGCGAGAUAUUCUCACAGUCGUGUUCAGAGUUAUCUCCCAUUCCCAGCUUCCAAUACGAGAGUCGGCAGUGAAGGCGGUAUCUGCCUACAUUAGUCUAGUGGAUAACCAGGAAUCUUUAAGAAUCCUGGAGCAGACGUUAGCCCUGUUGCGAGGAGGAAAUCAUACACAGGUUGACCAGGAAAGUCAAGAGUUUGUGGAUGCCUACAAAGCGGAGGGUCUUCUCAAUGUCUGUCAGUCUGUGGUAAAGAGUCUGCCGCUGGCUUCUCUGCUGCCAUGCUGGGGUGGUUACCUCUCCUCGUUUCUCCACCACCUGGCUCACCCUGCCUCCUCCGUCCGUCAGUCAGCGAGCUCCGUCUUCAAACUCCUGGUUCAGAAGUCGAGUGAGAACACAGGCUUGUUGUGCCAGCUGCUGCACACCCUGACUGGAGGCUGGACCACAUCUCUGUGUGACGAGGCCACACCACCAGACUCUCAGACUCUUUCCUGGGAGGCGAAGGAAGGUCGGAUGUUUGCCUUCGAGGUCAUCUGCAGUUUCCUCAUCAAGAAUCACAUCAGGAAGAUGUUUUCAAGGCGGAAACCAAGCAAGCUGGAAAGUGAUGCACAAACACCUGAGCCCAGGGUCAAUCACCACAGUGACCGUGUAUCUGUUCCCGUGGAAGGAGGCAACAUGGCCACCCCGGAAAUCCAGGUGAAGAUGGCCACCAAUCAGGAGUCUCCAAGCUUUUCUGUCAUAGCUACUCUGAGACUGCACAGCAAAACAGAGGGACAGAUUGGGACAUCCGAUGUGAUCCCCGACAAGUUCCCUUGUUCCCUGCAUGGAGCUGGAGAGAUUCCAUCAAGUCCAUUACUGGAAAAAGCACACACCAAAGCACAAACCAAAGAUUGUCCAAGUAUACGUAAAUUGUUUGUGACGAUCCUGUACCAGACCAUGGAGUGUUUAGCCGACAACCAGUGGGAGCUGCGUAGAAUUGCUCAACAGGUAUUGCCUUGUCUGGCAGAAGUGAUCCGGUGGUUUGACUGUCACCUGGUACAACACAUCUGGGACAAGCACCUGCAUGUGGACACCUGUCUCAACACCUGCCUCGCCACCUACAUGUGUGUGUUCCUCCUGAAGGAGAGCCUCUAUCACUGUAUCCGCCUGGAGCCACUCCUUCAAGACUCCCUGGAGUCUGUCAAGACUGCAGAGUUGACAGCUUCCGUCCGGAUCAUACUGGAGUGUGUCAAGCUGAACACAGCACGCUAUCUGCCGGUCGCUGACCUCCUGCUCAAGAGACCGUGUUUUGACAGGCUGUCCGUGACCUCCGCUGAAGUGAUCAUCAUGGCUCAUCGACUGUUUGAUAUGGAGGCAAAUCAGAAACAGAGUCAGUGCUCGGCUGUGCUGAGUUUCUGGAGGAGUGUGUUUGUGUUCGCCCACCCCGGCAGUCGGAUCACACGGCACAUGCUGGAACCCCCGGCCAGGCCGUUGACGUCCCCUUAUGAAGGAUACCUCAGUUGUUGCUUGGUGAAGCCUGAGGGAGACAGUCAAUGUGCACGACAGGUUGAGAAGGUGUUUGUGAAGACUGUGUCCUGUCACCUUCAGUAUUACCUGAGUUGUCUCCCCUGGACAACAGUAGCCGCUUACCUCCCCCUGGUUAUGUACAAUAUUGGACUCAUCGUUGAUGAUACUCGUAUCUGCAAAGCAUUGUUACGAUGUGUAAGCAGUCAGAGUUCCAGUGUGGUGAACAACCUGUUGAGGGAGGAGUCAUCUGACCGACAGUCCUGCCUAAGGUGCAUCUACUACUGUCUGAGAGAGGCUGCUGGUAUAGUUACCAUGAAGAGCCUGGACACUCAGCUGCUGCAGAAGGUUCUCAACAUAUACCUCAGCUUGUGCCGUGCCAUCAACCCAACCAGACACCUCCAGAUGAUCUUCAGGGGCCUCUGUGGGCGCAUCAGUAAGUCUUCCAGCCUGCAUGAAAGCCUGGACCUGUCUCCUCGCCCCGACCAGGAUGUCUCCUUGUUGUGGCAGGAGUCACCGAUGUUGCUGUGUGCUGAAGACCCCAUCAAGGCCGACCUAGAGGAGGAGGAAGAUAUAUUUGCAGGUGGUGACCUGCCAGCCUUCUACGCGGAAUGCCUUUCACUGAAUGUGAGCAAUACAAGCGGUCAGUUGAGUCUGUCUGGGAGACAACGGACCGUGAGCACCCAGAGUGAGGGGGGUGAGGCACGGGAGACUGAAGGGGGUCAGGACAAAGGGGAGGAAUCUGAUGACUGGGACAGUUGGAGUGAUGAUGAUCAGGAUGAUGCUUCAGUCAUUGAGAUGUUUUCUACGUUCCUGCACCAGCUGAAGCUGUCCCUGGGGCAAGGGGCUGCAUCAAUAUUUGACGGGGAAGUGAUGCUGCUUGAUGAAGAAGAGAGAAGGUCGCUGAUCGACAAGUUUCCUACUGAGAGGGGAGAGUCAUGACUCCAGCAAUGUGCCACAGAUUACACAACAUUUGAAAUACAAUUUGCCGGGAAAAGGCAUGAAUUACCUCCAACUGGAAAUUUCCAGAUCAAAGAGCCAUUUUUGAAUAUUUGUAUACUGCGGUAAUUUUCUCUUAAUUAUUUGUUGGUUUUCAAUGUUACUUUCUCCUAUUGACAUACUACCUGUGAAGCUCUGGGGUAGAAUAGGUCUUAGCAACCCAUGCUUGCAGUAGUGGCUCACUAUGGCUCACUAAAUAUGUCUCCUAUCUAAACUGCCUGGCAAAAGAAUACACAGUCAUGUUUGUUAGUGGCUUCAAAUGAAACAAGACCCCUGAAGAUCCCGGGUAGAAUAGUCUUCAGCAACCCAUGCUUGCUGAAAAGGUGACUAUGCUUGUCGUAAGAGGCUACUUACGGGAUCGGGUGUCAGGCUCGCUGACUUUGUUGAUGCAUGAUAUCGUAUCCAAAUUGCAUGGAUCGAUGCUCAUGAUGUCAAUCCCUUAUUGUCUGGUCCAGACUUGAUUAUUUACAGACUGCCGCCAUAUAGCUGGAAUAUUGCUGAGUGCAGCGUCAAACAACAAACAAGCAAACAUAUUGACAUACAGGGACCUAAGUUGAUAUCUGAUGACAUGAUCAGGGGUUGACAUAUCUUUGGCCGAAUCCAACUAGAUCGCUGCUCAUUUCGAAUUAGCUGUUUAUGUAAAAUAGCUAGAGUUUGGAAAGCAACUAGCCUCUCUGGAGUUUCCCUUGCCUCGGACUGUCUACGCUUGUGAUUUGUGACUUAAAUGGCGAUAAUUAUUUCACUACCUUUUCACUUGCUUCCUUUGCAUCAUUGCAUCAUUGGGCGGUCGGGUAGCCCAGUGGUUAAAGCGUUUGCUCGUCACGCCGAAGACCCGGGUUCGAUUCCCUACAUUGUGUGAAGCCCAUUUCUGGUGUCCCCCGCCAUAAUAUUGCUGGAAUAUUGCAAAAAGCGGCAUAAAACCAAACUCACUCACUCACUCAUUGCAUCAUACCGAGGAGAGCUGUGUCCCUUGGGCAUGCCAGAAAUCUAAGAUCAUGAAUUCGGGGGCGUGGGUGGCUCAAUUGUCUAAGUUGUCUAAGGCACCGCGAUUCGCCGUGCAGAGUUGCGUCCCUUUGGCACGCCAGAAACCUCCAACACUAAGCUGACACGCUGUGAUAUAACUGGAAUACUGUUUAAAACGGCGUUAAACCCAACUCACUCACUCACUCACCAUACCCCAUUUCACCUCACCUUACCUCAGGUUGAUAAUAAGCUGACUGCCGUGAUAUGACUGAAAUACUGUUCAAAGCGGUCAAAGCACUCAUUCUUUGCAUUAAAUGACUUGACUGUAUACUCGUGAUAUGGUGUCGGUUGUGUUAGAUAUUUGACUGCCUCCGUGUUCACCCACGUUACAUAUAUAUAAAAAUGAGAUCAGUGUCAUGUGUAGAAAUUUCCAUAAGGUAUAUGGAAGCUCGGAAUAUGUGAAGAUAUUGAAUGGAUGGUGGUUGACUUGUUUCCUGGUGUGUAUCUGUGGAGACACAUGCAAUUCAAAUGUAAAAAAAAUAUCAAUUUAUCUUUUGGUUCCUUUGUUUGUUGUGUUCAGCAAAUCUGUAGAACCUCCAUGAAAAGUGUUGAUUUUAAUCAUCAAAGGGAACAGUAUUUCUUAUUUUGCAAAUUUAAUUUACUUGUUUUUACAUGCUCAAAAUAUUUAUUUUGUAUUGAUUUACAAUUUGUCAUGGCAUUGUGUUUGUAUGAUGUUAUUUCUGAGUGAUCUUAUUGAAGUUAUGUUAAAAUCUUGUUAUGUUAGGGACUGACAUUUGGGG